AUGGCCGCCGUCGACCACCCCGCCUCCUCUCUCCCCCACCUCCAGCUGCUGUCGGAUCUGACCCCGCCUUCGCUCGAACGCACCUGGUUAACAGCACCACACCCCCGACUCCCCAUCGUUGCCACCUGCAGCUCUGACAAGACAGUGCGUGUCUACUCCCUCACCAACUUCCGGCUCCUCUCCACCAUCUCCGGCGGACACAAGCGCAGCGUCCGCACAGCAGCAUGGAAGCCACAUGUCCAGGGCGAAAGCGUGCUCGCGACGGGCAGUUUCGACGCCACCGCGGGCAUAUGGCGUCGAUGGGACAGUUACGGACAGACCACGGGUGAUGAAGGAUGGGGAUUGGGUCAAGAAACCACCACCAACAAGAGCGAGUCACAAGAAGAGCAAGCACAAGAAACCGACAUUCUCCGUCAACAGCAAGCCACACACAACGAAAACGACGGCGCAGAUGAUGAAGACGAAGAAUGGCGUUUUGCCGUCCUCCUCGACGGACAUGACAGCGAGGUCAAGUCCGUCUCGUGGUCCCCCUCUGGAAUGCUCCUUGCGACAUGUUCGCGGGACAAAUCGAUCUGGAUCUGGGAGGAUCUGGAUGACGGGGACAACAACUUCGAGACGGUUGCGGUGAUGCAAGAGCACGAGGGAGAUGUCAAGUGUGUGGCAUGGCAUCCGGUGGAGGAGUGUUUAGCUAGUGCAAGCUAUGAUGAUACGAUUCGUAUUUGGCGAGAGGAUCUAGAUGAUUGGGGACAAGUUGCUUGUUUGCGGGGUCAUGAGGGGACCGUGUGGUUUUUGUCGGGUCCGCGUAUUGUGUCAUGCUCGGAUGAUCGCACCGUUCGGGUUUGGAGGAGACAACCUAAGGAGCAGGCCGCUGCUGGGGGCACAGGCAUGCCCAGUAUUUUGCGUCCGACGGGCUUGGAUGAGACUUGGGAGGAGGAGACGGUUUUGCCCAAGGUGCAUGAUCUGGCUGUUUAUGCGGUGGCUUGGAGCAAGCGUACGGGGUUGCUGGCGUCUGUGGGUGCGGAUGGUCGCAUUGUGAUCUAUGAGGAGCGCUUGGGAGUUGUGCGGACGGAGUGGGUAAUUCUCGCGGUGUUGCCGGGGGCGCAUGGUAUCUACGAAAUCAAUCAUGUGGCCUGGGCGAACCGUGCGGAUCGCGAUCGCGAUGUGAGCAAGGAGGAAGAGGUUUUGGUCACUACGGCCGAUGACGGCAGUGUUAAGGUGGAUGAGACUGUUGGCUUAUAG